ACCAUUUUCCAAGCAUUAACUGUCAAACACAGAAUGAGAACACUGGCUUUUUGUGUGUUUUUGGCCCUUCUCCUUAUCAAAGAUUCUUCAGCAACUGUGAGGAAGCAUUACAUUGCAGCAGUGGAGUUUAACUGGGAUUACAGAAGCAGUGAUCUUUUACUAGGGUUAGGAGCUGGAAAUGUGAGGUCAUUUUAUUCCUCCAAAACGAUCCCUCAGUACAGGAAGGCAGUUUUUGUGGAAUUCAAAGAUUCUUCAUUCCUCACACCAGAACCAAAGCCCAAAUGGAUGGGGAUUCUGGGUCCCACAAUUCGAGCUGAAGUCAAUGACAAAGUUAUAGUCCAUUUUAAGAACUUGGCUUCGCGGCCUCUCAGCAUUCACCCAUUUGGGAUCUCCUACUGGAAGAUGUCGGAAGGAGCUUCAUACAAUGACCACACAUCCAUGCCCGAAAAGAAAGAUGACAUAGUGCCACCCAAAGGUGAAUACGUAUACGUCUGGGAUAUUACUAAGGACCUUGGCCCAAUGAAUGGUGAUUCCAAUUGUCUUACCUAUGCUUACUCUUCAUACGUGGAUCCUGUGAGAGAUUUCAACUCGGGUUUAAUUGGAGCCAUGCUUGUAUGUAGACAAGGAUCUUUAGACGAAUUUGGAAAGCAAAUGAAUCGGCAGGAGUUAGUGCUUUUGUUCUCAGUCAUUGAUGAAAGUAAAAGCUUGUAUCUUGAAACAGACAGGAUCAGAUACAGACUUCCUGGCCCUAGGAAUGCCAAAGGGAGGAUGUAUUCAAUAAAUGGUUAUACCAAUGUUUCCUUACCAGAUCUGAAUAUUUGCAAAAAUAAAGUCGUCAGCUGGCACCUAAUAGCCAUGGGCUCAAACUCGGAGUUGUACUCCAUUUAUUUUGGUGGAUAUGGGCUUCUCCUGCGUGAUCACAGAGUUGUCUCAGUUGAAUUGGCUCCAGCUGCAUUUGUGACAGCAGAAAUGAUCCCAAGUUAUGAAAGCAAAUGGCUACUGAGCAGCCAAAACCCAAACCAUCAACAAGCUGGAAUGAAGGCCUACGUUAACAUCAAAGGAAUUUGUGAAGAAGAUAACGCUUCAAUUUUGAAAACUAAGGAAGUGGAAGACGAGAAUUAUAGUUAUGAUUAUUUUGAAUUUGAAGAUGAGGAGAUUAAUCAUAUACAAAUUAACUAUUUGCCACGAACAACUGUAACCAAAAGCAGGUCAAUGGAAUGGAUUUAUUAUAUUGCUGCUGUGGAGUGUGAAUGGGAUUAUGCUCCAACUCUCCCAGACAACAUGAACAGUGAGUUAAGACGCAAGUUUCUGGAAAGGGGUCCAGACCGAAUUGGAAAGGAAUAUAAAAAGGCUGUUUUCGUGGAGUAUACUGACAGCACUUUCACGGUUGUAAAACACAAGCCAAAUCCAGAGUCGUCAAAGGGGAUUCUGGGUCCAGUUUUACGUGGAGAGGUUGGAGAUCGCUUUAAGAUCAUCUUUAAGAAUCUUGCGAGCAGACCAUACAAUAUUAAUCCACAUGGACUGACAGAAAUAAGGGUGGACAACACUGAAGGUCACAAUGUAAGAAACCAUAUUGUUAAGCCCAAUAGUACAGUCACUUACUUUUGGAAUGUGACUGAAAAUGACGGACCAACCGACUCUGAUCUGGGCUGCCUGACUCGAUUUUACUUCAGUAAUCUGGAUAUGGAUCGUGAUAUCGCCUCAGGACUUAUUGGCCCUCUGUUAAUCUGUGCAAAAGACAUGCUGGAUAUCAAUGCACGAAUGGUAAAAAUUGACAGAGCCAAAUACCUUUUGUUCUCCAUCUUUGAUGAGAAUAAAAGCUGGUACAUAAAGGAUAAUAUUGAAAAAUAUUGUGAGGAUCCAUCACAGGUGAACCCAAAUGAUCCCAAAUUUUAUGAUUCCAACCUCAUGCACAGUAUUAAUGGGUUUGUCUAUGAAAAUGUCCCCGGGUUGAAAUUCUGUGAGGAUGACGUGAUUUUUUGGCAUAUAAUCGUUGGUGCUGAAGACAACUUUCUUUCAAUUUAUUUCCAUGGACAAACAUUUAAACAUGACGGGGUGUAUGAAGAUGUGUUAACUCUCUUCCCACUUUCCAGUGAAACAAUCCACAUGAACAUGGAUAACAUUGGUUUGUGGUUCCUUGAACCCCUCAAUUACCAUUAUCAAGUUCAGGGCAUGAGGGCAAAGUUCAGAGUUCGUUACUGUGACAAUGACCCAGAAACCGUUGAAGAAUUCCUUCAGGAAAUUGAUCCUGACGAGGCAUAUGGCAAUAUACUUCAAGAAGAAACAGAGCAAUUUAUUUUCACACCCCGCAGUUUCAAAAGGCACAACAACAACAUAACAAAACUAUAUGAAGCAAUUGAACUGGAAGAAUUAAUGAAUAUCACUAAUGAAGUGGAAAAUAUGACUGAGAAAGAUCAAAUCUGGUCACAUUGUAGACCAAGGCCAAAUCACACAUUACGUAAGCAAUACACUGAGGAAAAAAAAGAAAAUGAUGAUACAAAUCAUAUCAAUCAUUUAUCUAAAGACUCCAAGAAACUGAAUCAAAGUAUUAGGAAGGAUUUCUCUCAUACAACUGAAACCAGCAACAAGCAAAUUACAAAAGAACCUGAUAAUUCUUCCAUCACUAAAAACAGCAGAGUUAAGAAACACAAUAAAAGAGAAAUCGAUGAGUUAAUUAAAACAGAUCACAGUUCAGAUAAUCUUGUUUGGAAAGGCAGAAGAGGAGAGAUGCCAUUGCAUGAUCAUCCAGAACAUAACCUAACCUUUGCAGGAACUGAUAGAAAACUAGACUUCCUAUAUGCAAAUCAAAUUCUUAAAAAAGAGGUAAGAUCAACCAACAAAUCGAAAUUGAAUCAAAGCCAAAUACUGGACCAUGGGACUAAUGCAAAAAGUCAGCUUCACAAAACAUUGACAUUGGAGCAGGUAUUUAGCAACGGAACAACUGGGGCUAAACUCUGGGACAAUGAUACAGCUGCAACCUUUAGGGAAUCUGACAGUAUGACAUCUAAUCACACAUCAUUUAAUGGAACUUCAACCAUGCCAGCUAUAAUUGAUUCUCAACAAUCCAAUGAAGAGUCAAUUGAUUAUGAUGACUAUGCAGGUGACAUUAACAGUGGGGAUGACGAUGGGUCCAGCUACAAAGAUCUGCAUAAUGUUAACUUUGAAGACUUCUCUAACAGAGAGUGGUGCCCAGAGGAAGAGGCAAGGCUGACCCCUCGAACAGCUAAUUCGCAGUCUAAAUACUAUUACAUUGCAGCUGAGGAACUGAUAUGGGACUAUGCGGCCAAGCAAACAAAUGAAGCUUUUAAGCACAGGCAGAGACAGGGGAAGGGUCUUGGCAGCAAAUUCAAGAAGGCAAUAUUUUUGCAAUACAAGGACAAUACAUUUAAACAUCGCAAAGUCCGUGGAGAAGCUGAGGAACAUUUGGGUAUUCUUGGGCCUGUUAUCAGUGCUGAGGUCAAUGAUAUCAUUGUGGUGAAGUUCAAGAAUAUGGCCUCCAGACCUUUUUCCAUUCACACUCAUGGAGUGCCCCGUGAGUUACCAUUUGAAUACAAAUAUGAAGAGGAGAAGGUGAUAGACUGGCCUCGGAAGGCUGAUGAUAUUGUUUACCCAAAUAAAACAAAGGUUUACAUUUGGCAUGUAACAAAGGGAUCAGCACCAACCGCUAAGGACUUUGAUUGCAGAGCCUGGACCUAUUAUUCUGAUGUCAACCCGGAACGAGACAUCCAUACAGGUUUGAUUGGUCCUUUAAUCAUCUGUAAAAGAGGGAUGCUGCACCAGAUCUCUAGUGGGAAGCUCAAGAUUCAGGAAUUCUCUUUGCUUUUCAUGACUUUUGAUGAAAACAAAAGCUGGUACUUGGAAGACAACAUCAAAACAUUCUGCAAGUACCCUUGUAGUGUCAGAGCUGAGGACCCUGUAUUCCAAAACAGCAAUAAAUUUCACGCAAUCAAUGGGCAUGUGGCAGAAAGUCUGCCUGGGCUGGUAAUGGCACAGAACCGCUUGGUGCGCUGGUAUCUAAUAAACAUGGGUGGAUCAGCUGAUAUUUACACAGUGCAUUUUCAUGGCCAACCUUUUAUAGUGCGAAGAUCUAAGGAGCACAGGAUGGGUGUUUACACACUAUUCCCUGGUUCGUUUGGUACAAUUGAAAUGCUUCCAACUAAAGUGGGCUAUUGGCUUGUGGACUGUGAGACUGCUGAACAUCAACGCGCAGGGAUGCGAGCCAUAUUCCUGGUAUACAAUACGUAUUGCAGAGUACCCCUGGGUCUGGCCACUGGAAGAAUAGCAGAUUCACAGCUCACAGCUUCUGGACAUAUAGGGAAAUGGAGACCCCAGUUGGCAAGAUUACAAAACUCUGGAUUCACCAAUGCAUGGCGGGGCAAAGGAAGUCGACCAUGGAUUCAGGUUGAUUUAAAGUCGUCAAUGCUCAUUCAUGGAAUAAUUACACAAGGAGCCCGCCACUAUUUUAAACAUCUCUAUGUUGACCACUUCUACAUUGCUUAUAGCCUGGACGCUUACGCCUGGAAAAACUACAAAGGCAACUCAACCUUGGACAUUAAAAUCUUUACAGGAAACACUGAUGCAACAGGAACGGUGAAAAACUAUUUCAAUCCACCAAUCAUUGCUCAGUAUAUCAGAGUGUACCCAAGGCCAAGCACAGGACAAUCAGCACUUCGAAUGGAGCUGCUGGGUUGUGAUCUACAGAGUUGUUCUUUGCCAUUAGGGAUGGAGAAUAGAGUCAUUGCAGACCACCAACUCAGUGCUUCUUCAUUCUGGGUUAGCGUUAGUGCUUGGACUCCAUCAUUGGCUCGCCUCAACAACGAAGGAUUCACAAAUGCAUGGGUACCAAAGAGGAACAACCCACAUGAAUGGUUCCAGAUCAACUUCCAACAUAGGAAAAAAAUUACAGGAAUCAUAACCCAGGGUGCCAGUCACCUGGGGCGGGCUAUGUUUGUGAAGGAGUUUAUUGUCUACUACAGUGAUAAUCGUAACAACUGGACAGUAAUCAAAGAUAGUCAAACCUUAAAGGAAAAGAUAUUCAAAGGGAACGUGGACAGUAAAGGCCAAGUUCAGAACACCUUUGAUCCUCCUAUAUUUGCUCAGUACUUGAGAAUUUUUCCAAAAACCUGGCAACAAAAUAUUGCCCUACGUGUUGAGGUAUUGGGAUGUGAGACUGAACAGAGACUUUAAAGACAAAAUAAUGUAUUAAAAUGAAUAAAACUAAAUAUAUUAAAUAUUUUUGAAAGAAAAUGUAAUUACAUAGCCAGACUUUUACAUUCUGCUUCUCUUCCAGUGUAUCACGUCAAUGUAUAUAUGUAGAUGUAGCACUUUUACCUUGAGUCUGUGAUAGAGUCAUACAGUCAUACAGCAUGGAAACAGACCCUUCGGUCCAACCUGUCCACACUGACCAUGUCCUUUAACUAAACUAAACCCACCUGCCUGCAUUUAGCCCAUAUCCCUCUAAACCAUUCCUAUGUAUGUACUUAUCCAAAUGUCUUCUGCAUGUUAUAACUACACCUGCAUCCACCACUUCCUCUGGCAGUUCAUUGCACACACGAACCACUCUCACCUUAAAAAUAAGCCCUUUAGUUUUGAACUCCCUCACCUUAGGGAAAACAAUCUUUGCUAUUCACUUUAUCUAUGUCCCUCAUGAUUUUAUAAACCUCUAUAAGGUCACCCCUCAACCUCCUACACUGCAGUGAAAGAAGUCCCAGCCUUUCCAGCCUCUCCUUAUAAGUCAAACCCUCUAUUCCCAGCAACAUCCUGGUAAAUCUUUCCGAACCCUUUUUACUUUAAUAAUAUCCUUCCCAUAACAGGGUGACCAGUUCUGGACACAGAUCUCCAAAAGUGGUCUCACCAAUGCCCUAUACAACCUCAACAUGACAUCCCAACUGCUGAGCAAUGACCUGAGCAAUGAAGGCAAGCAUGCUAAGUGCCUUCUUCACCACUCUGUCUACAUGAUUUUCAAAGAAUUAUGGAUCUGAACCCCUAGGUCUCUCUGUUCAUCAAUACUACCCAGGGCCCUACCAUUAAUUGUGUAAGUCCUGCCCUUGCUUGCUUUCCCAAAAUGCAAUACCUCACAUUUAUCCAAGAUUAUCAAAAUGAUCACUUACUCAUCUACCUACAAGGUUAUUACAUAUUUACUUGUUGUCUCCAGCCAGAAUGACAGCAACUGGAAUACUAAUCAUUAAAGUACGAGUUACAAAUAUCAAUAUUACCAGAUAAUCCUGCAAGUUUCCAUAUAUAUGUGUCUUCUGUGUUCUUUAAGGACCUGUGUAAUUCUUAAGAAACAAAGUCUGAUUAUCUUCAUUGGUAAAUGAUAUCGUUUUGAAACUUCUUUCCACAUCUAUUUGUCACACUCAUCUAUUUUGAUUAAUUUAAGCAAAAUUGUAUUGCUGAUUUUUACAUUGGAAUGAGAGCUAUUAGCACUGUUGAUCAGAUGGGUGUCAGGGAUUUCUUCGUGGAAUCACCGUUUACCAGGAUCGGUAUAUAGUGAUGCUGCACUGAAGGCUGCUCUCAUGCAGCCACAGUGAAGUACAGGUCAGUUAAACAAUAUCUCAUGAUCCACAUGUGUGACAGGAAGAUCAGGUUCUUGCAGCAGCAACAGUGCUGUACAAUCCCUUGUUGUCAUUGAUAUUCCUCUACCUUUUUCAUCUUCCUCUGUUGCCAUCUAAAGAAGACUUCAAGUUUGCUCCCUGUUCUUCAAAUGUUGAUUGGAAAGUCCGCUUAUUUGGGAAAAGUAAAUAAUACUCGCUCCCCAGCUUUCUGCAUUUUGAUAAUUUCAAAAUUCUUUGAUUUUUGCCACCGAAACCAUUCCUGCACAUUGCACUGUUCCAAGUUGGUAAUAUUUAAUGAAGUGCUAAGGAACUGACAGAAAGUAAAUUCUUUUUAAUCAGGGAAUAUUGGUCGUAAAAAUUCACUGAUAAAACGUACAACCUCAUGGCAAUCAGUUUGAUAUAUUACACUCCCCUUUGGAAAGCUCCAGUAAAGCCCUGUACUCCUUUACCAAAACAUUAUUUGCUGUCUUUUUAUUUGGAGGAUUAUGGUAUCUGAAUUUUAAUUAGCUUAAUAAACUCAGGACAUCAUGGGUGAAUGGAUAUAGUAAUGGAUACAUUCCACUGAGUUAAGUCAGAAGCAAACAAAAGCUACUGUUUGACUAUUUCAAGUUGUAUAUAAGCCAUUAAAACUAUCUGGCUUGCAA